CUCGAGGAUAUCACAGCUUGUUCUUGGCUCAGGAGCCUAGUAUUGUCUCUCCUUUCUCCCAAAAGCUUCAAAUUUCUGUACAUAUUCCCAUUUCCCAAGUUGUAUAUACAGCACCAUUUACAUACGCAAAAAUGUGGUCCCCUAAGAUUGCUGCCGCUGUUCUCGCCUUCGUUGGAGCUUCCAACGCUUGGGCUCCUCCCUCAUACUCCGGUUACAACCUUAUUUGGUCCGACUCCUUCGCCGGAAAUGGCGGUACUUCUCCCAACACGGGCAACUGGAACAUCAUCACUGGUUACUUGGGCGUCAACAACGAGCAGGAGACCUAUUCUUCCAGCACCCAGAAUGUUCAGCUCAGUGGUGGAAACACUCUUCAGCUUGUCCCCUGGAACAACGGCGGCAGCUGGACCUCUGGUCGUCUUGAGUCUACCUACACUUUCACUCCCGGUGCUGGCAGAGUGACCGCUGUCGAGGCUUCCAUUCGCUUCGGUAACAACGCUCAGGGCAACCAGCAGGGCAUGUGGCCCGCUUUCUGGAUGCUGGGUAACUCGAUCCGUACCGGUGGCAGCUGGCCCGCUUGUGGUGAGAUCGAUAUCAUGGAGGUGGUCAAUGACCUGCCUAGAGGCUACGGAACCAUCCACUGCGAUGUGUCUCCCGGCGGUAUCUGCAACGAGGGUAAUGGUAUUGGAGGCAACACUGCCAUCAACGGCGGCAACAACAACUUCCACACUUGGCGUGUCCAGAUCGACCGUACGCCCAGCAGCUGGCAAUCCGAGACCAUCACCUGGUUCCUCGAUGGUGCUCAGUACUUCCAAGUCUCUGGUUCCAGAAUUAACAACCAGAAUGUGUGGAACAGCCUUGCCCACAGCCCUCUGUUUAUCAUCCUCAACGUCGCUGUUGGCGGCACUUUCCCCGGAAACACCAACGGCAACACCCUGGGUGGCUACGGCAGCAUGAUGGAGGUUGGCUACGUCGCCCAGUACUCCACCUAAAGAAUUCCUAUCUUAUAGCACAACUUUGAGAGAUGCGAUAUUAUAGUAUAUAUGCCUGAGUUUUCUUGGGCUCAGUGACGAUGUUGGAAUGAUAACCGCUCGUUGCAACGCACAUACAAGCCCUUUUAUGAUGUAUAUAGCUUUUUCUUCAUGUAUAUAUUGAAGCUUUCGUUGCGGGGAUGAGUCAAUACCUAUGAAUUGAUGAUACUCAUGUUUAU